AUGGAGAUAGCUGUUGAGCGCUGCUCUGCAAACUCCUGCUUCACCGCCAACACGCUGUAUGGCAAGUGCUUGCGAAGUAUUGGGGGCAGUUCCUCCUGUGGGCUUGAGUCGCCCUGUGCUGCUUUCUUCGCCUCUUCAUCUACCCUUUCAUUCCCCUUCACCCCCAUGACCUGGGAUGUCAGCUCCAUCACCCAUAACCUCUUUGGAGCCUUGGAGGCUCGUGUCGACAGCGGAAUACGCAGUGGGUUCCCAAGCCCCAUUGACGACAAUGGGUGUAGUGGGGUGGUCAGCAUUAUGAGUUGGGCGCAAUGGGUUGGGGUACUCAUCUUCAUUGCAGUCCUCACCAUCGGCUCGCAAUGGUGCCCAUUGAUCUCGAGAUUUGGUGGACACGUCCUAUUCAUGACGGUGUUUGUCAGGACGCCGCAACAACAUCUAGGGCCAUGUCAGCUUAACGAGCGUCGACGGCGCAUGGAGAAGAUGACGUGGCACGUCCGCGUCAAUGCUUCCCUCCCAAUGUGCCAAGUCGUCCACACAGCAAUGACGCAUACCGUCAUUGCCAUCCACAAUAGCGCAGGUGAACACAUCACAUACCGCCAUCGUAAUGCCCGCCAACCACCGCCACGUCACUGCGUGAGCACAUCACGUCCCAUCGUAACGCCCGCCGACCACCGCCAAGUCACCGCCUUGCCUCUCUCAUUCAUGGGCGAUGACGACGCGAUAUGA